AGAGUGUUGUUAUUCUUAUUCAUACUAAUAUUCAUCAUGCCUUCCCCUAAGAAUCUUGCGAGUGCGCAUCCUGCUGCUACCUCACCGAAGAAGGUAAAGACGCUUGAUGCUUCCAACCAAUUGGAGGCGUUGAAGAAUAUGACUUCCGUUGUCGCUGAUACUGGUGAUUUCGAGAAAAUCAAGCAGUUCCGUCCUGAUGACGCUACCACCAACCCUACCCUAUUGUACCAGGCCGCUCAGAUGCCGGAGUAUGCUCAUGUGAUGAGUAAAGCCAUCAAGAACGCCAAGGCCCAGAACCUUACCGGGGAAGCCCUGGUUGACGAGGUCUGUGACCAGUUGGCCGUCAGCUUUGGCUAUGAGAUCCUACAGAUCGUAGAUGGUUACGUUUCUACGGAGUGCGAUGCCAACUUGUCCUUCGACAGGGAGGCUAGUCUUAAUAAGGCCAGGAAGAUCAUCAAGAUGUAUGAGUCUAUGGGCAUCUCCCGUGAUCGGAUUCUUAUCAAGAUGGCUUCGACGUGGGAGUGCAUCCAGGCUUGCAAGGAGUUGGAGAAGGAGGGAAUCCAUUGCAAUAUGACCCUUCUGUUCUCAUUCGCCCAGGCCGUCGGAGCUGCCCAGGCUGGUGCCACCCUCAUCUCGCCCUUUGUUGGUCGCAUUCUCGACUGGUAUAAGAAGAGCACUGGAAAGACCUCGUACCCUAUGGAUGAGGACCCGGGUGUUCAGUCUGUGAGGAAGAUUUAUAACUACUACAAGAAGUAUGGCUACAACACCAUUGUUAUGGGCGCUUCCUUCCGUAACACGGAUGAGAUCCGUGGCCUUGCUGGUUGUGAUAAGCUCACUAUUUCACCUAAGCUGCUCAAGGAGCUCCAGGACAACACUGAUGUGAGCGGUAUGAAGAGGUAUCUUGAUCCGGAGAGGGCUGUGGCUGAUACCGAUAAGCUCGCUGAUCUCACUGAGGCUGAGUUCCGGUGGAUGCUAAAUGAAGAUGCUUGUGCGACGGAGAAGUUGGCAGAGGGUCUGCGUAAUUUCAACAAGGACUUGCAGAAGCUGAAGGACGUGGUGCGAGCCAAGUUGGUCGAGGCUGAGAAGUGAAGAAAUAAAAUUAUCAAUUUAUAGUUGUGAUAGAAUUCCCGUUGGUUAGCUUUCAGCGGCAGCCUUCUGCUGGACUACUGCUGGAGUGUUGAGGAUUUCCACUAGGAGUGGUAUAAUUUUCUCUACUG